AUGAUUGAAUUCGCUCUAACCGAGAAUAAAUGGAUUGAUGAUAUGUUUGGCAUGAGAUCUUCGUGGAUUCCAGCUUUCUAUCGUUAUGAGCCUAUGUUUGGGCUUAUGCGGACCACCUCCAGAUCAGAGAGCGAAAACCAUUUUUUAUGUCAAGUGGCGAAUUCUCAACUUACCCUUGUUGAGUUCUUUAACCAUUUUGAUGGUGCAAUGGACGUGCAAAGAUUCAACCAUCGGAAGAAUGACCAUAUAUCUAGAAAUACAACCCCCGAUAACUUUUCUGAAUCUACUUUAGAGGAUGAUGCUAUGAAAAUUUACACCAGGUCAAUUUUUGCUGAUCAACAGUCAGAGUUACAAGGAACACUGUCCGAGUGCCUUCCUAUGGAGACUAAAAUUGAGGAACCAUUUUUGAAGAUAAGUAUGAAGGAUUGGAAAGCCCACGGCGAUGUUUUACUAGAGGUUUGUUUCAAGAAGGGGGAGGAUGUAAUUGCAUCAUGCAGUUAUCACAGGUUUGAACAAUAUGGAUUGUUGUGCAAACAUAUAUAUUUUGUGUUCAAGAUGUUCAAAGUGAAAGAAAUUCCCAACAAGUAUGUUAUGAGAAGAUGGACCAAAGACGUGCUACCGAAUGAUCUAAAUAAUACAUUUGAUUUAAGUGUUGAUGAUAAUGAUGCGCAUAAAAGGCCAAAGAGGUUGCAUAUGAGAUAA